GAUGCUUUUAAUUUGGAUCAACAAACCAAUUCAUUACCUCUACACCAGCGCUUAACUGUAAAGCAUUUGCAGCUGRGAUAUUCUUCAAAGAUGAGAAACCAUCUUGCAGAGCAGGUUCUCAACAAAGACAUGUUAGAGUUGAUGAAGGCAUACAAAGAUGACCUCUCUGUUAAGGCUGGCAAAAAUGUUACAUAUCUUGACAAAACAAUAGAGUUUCUUGGUGUAACCAGCACCCUUAUUAAAAAGUUCACAAGUCAUCAGACCUAUACCAGCAUGGCUGACAUUCGUCUGGUUGAAAAUGACAAGUGCUUACAGUGGCUCCAUGAAUGGCAAUCUGAAGUUAAAGGAAGACUAGACCUCAAGGCAUCAAUAGGCUAUUUCUGUCUGACAAAACCAUGA